CAAACGACGAGGUACACAAAUGCUUGAUGCGAUCACGUUUGUGUCGUAGGUUCACCGUUCACUAUGUGUGCUUUUAUGUGCGCUGUUUUCCUAAACAGGAGAAAGAGUUGAAAAGGUCAAUCCGCCAGUUACGUUCCGAGUGGUGGUUUCUGUACGAGAUGACUACCUUUGGUGACGAACACGUGUUUGUACUGUGUGCGCAGCUUUUUGAGUAGUCUAAUGGCGCCAAACCGUGGCCUCGUCGACAGACACCAUUGAAAAAAGGGCAUCAGGACAUGUCCAGUCUUGAGGAACACAGGUGCCAGCAACGUAUUCACCUUUACAGUGUCGCGCUGCGUCCUAGAUGCUAUCGACACAGUAGUUCGAAGGAGCUGUAAAACCAAAACCCUGAUGCAAUGGCCUCAGGUGGCAAGAACAAACGUGCGUCUGAGGCGGCGUCAUCGUCUGCCACCCCCUCAGGCAGCAAGCGAGUCCGUAAAGUGAGUGCCUGUGAGGAUGACGACAGUAGAAUGUCGUCCUCCAAGAGCUACAGCCUGCCUCCAAUGCCGAAGAUUUACAACGUUUCCCACGGCAAGAACAAGCCAGCUGAGUUAUUCCGCAAGGACCUCAUCAGCGCAAUGAAGAUGGCAGACAGCGAUCCACUGGACCAGAGCGACUACUGGCCCAUUGCGGACAGCUGGAAGCCAGAGUGGGAAAGAGGAGUGCAGGUGCCCGUGAAUCCGGAGCUGGUGCCCCUGGCCUCUGUGAAACCACUCAAGGAGAAGAAAAAGAAGGCUCGCUCGGGAGACUUCAAGCUGCCCGUGGGCCGAUACCUGCGGCUGUCGCACGACACUUUCUUCUCCAACGAGCUGCACGUCCUGUCCAACGUCACCGCUCAGGCGGAGAAGAUGUGCCGCUAUGACCUGGACUCUCUGGAUGCGCAGUGGCUGACGCACUUCAAUGAGGAGCGACACGUAUACGGCCUGCCACCAGUGCCAGAAGUGCAAAUGGAAAUGAUUAUGGAAGACCUUGAGACGCAGUGUUACGAAAAUCUGCAACGGGAAAUCAAGACUGAGCAAGGUUUGGGCAUUGAGUAUGACGAGGACGUCAUCUGCGACGUCUGCCGUUCUCCGGACUCGGAGGAGGGCAAUGAAAUGGUGUUCUGCGACGCAUGCGACCUGUGCGUACACCAAGCGUGUUACGGAAUCACGUCGAUUCCGGAAGGCAGCUGGCUGUGUCGGACAUGCGCACUGGGCAUCCGGCCUUCUUGUCUCCUCUGCCCCAAUACAGGGGGAGCUAUGAAGAGCACAAGGAGCGGGCAAAAGUGGGCACACGUCAGUUGUGCCCUCUGGAUCCCCGAAGUGAGCAUUGGGUGUGUGGAGAAAAUGGAACCCAUCACCAAGAUCUCACAGAUUCCCGCAAGUCGUUGGAUGCUGACUUGCUGCUUGUGUCGAGAGAAAUCCGGUGCUUGCAUACAGUGCUCGAUCAAGACCUGCAAGCGCGCCUACCACGUGACCUGUGCAUUUGAGAACAGCCUCGAGAUGAAGGCCAUAAUCGAUGAGAACCCUGAGGAAGGUGUAAAACUUCGGUCAUUCUGUUCAAAGCACAGUCGAAAGAAGGACGCCCAUGCAUCUUCGGACUCUGAAGGGGAAUGCCGCGCGCAGAGACGAGAGAAUCAUCCUGGCCGAAGGGAGAUUGAAAUGACAAGCGAGGAGAAAGAUGGUGUGAGGUUGGCCAAAAUCCAGGCUAUCGAAGCAGAAUUCUACAAACACGUGAACACAAAGGAUACCAUUGACACACUUUCGAUAGACCCCGUGGUUGUGGACUUUGUAUUCAACUACUGGAAGCUGAAACGGAAGGCAAACCACGACAAGCCGUUGUUGACGCCGCGGCACGAAGAGACGGACCGGUUGGACAAGUUGCAAGAGAACAGCCUGUACUCGCGCAUGAAGAUGUUCAUCCACUUGAGACAGGAUCUCGAAAGGGUUCGCAAUCUCUGCUACAUGGUCACGCGCCGCGAGAAAAUCUCCAAGUCGUUCCUUAAGAUGAGGAGGGAGGUCUUUGAGCAGCAAGUGAAAAUCAUGAGUGACAAAAGUGCCUCUCAGUUGUCAGAAACGGACGCCCAGGCAGUGAGGCUAGCGGGACAGACGGACCACAUUUACGACCGCCUGAAUUCCGAAGAACCUCACGCUUCGAGGCCGAGCGCGAAGCUCAUCGUGAGCGCCCUCGAGGGGCAGGACGUAGGAGACCUGUUCGGUCAGUCAAAACCGAGCAAAAAAUCCGCCACACCCAGUCGACUGCCGAAUCCGUACGCAAAGCACUACAUCAACGGGCUGAGGUCGCGUCGCUCCUCCGCGUGGAACGGCGAGUCGACGGACGACACGUCCAAGGACGCUUCCGUAAGUGGGACGGACGAAACGUCGACGCCCCAGUCCAGAGCAAAUGGCAGCGUGAACAAAGCGUUAGAACGGAUGUCGUCGUUCGCGGUGCGGUGCGGCAGUGACGGGGACGUUGCAAUGUUUGCGGAAGAUUCGAGCGUAGACUCACAAGAUGUUGUAGUCGACGUCGUUGGCGAGGAAAAGGCGGAAAGCGAGGAGGAGCGGAGCUUUUCUGUGCGGAGAAGGUUGCGUAACAAGUUGAUGCUACGCGCGGAGGAGCGAAGGCAGGAAGAAACGGCCGAAGGUCCCUCCGACACGAGCAAAAAUGGAGGGAGCAAGAACGAGAGAGCGGCUGCGGAAGAGGUAAAAGUCGAAACUCAGGACAGGUCUCCGGGUAAGAGGAGCGGGAGCAGGAACGAAAGGGCAGCUCCGGAAGCGACGAAAGUCGAAGCUGAAGAAGCUGAAGCGAUGAAGUUGAAGAAGGAUUCGUGUCCAAAAGUGCCUGCGGACCACGCCGAGGUGGCGAGUCCCCGUAUGACGCGAAGCAGCACGCAGAAGCAACAGCACGCUCAAGAAGGGCUUUUGGAACGGGACAACAGCGGCCCCGCCCCCGAAACGUCGGAGGAAGCGGACGAAAACGCGCCAAAAUUCGACGGCCUGCAGUCCGCGGCGGAUCCCUCCUGCAACGCGGUCGUACCGCAAGUCGUCACGUCUCCGAAGGUGUCCUCGCCUCUAGCCAGUUACAAGAUCCCAAAGAAAAGUCGCGCGCCGAACGGCGUGGUGGAAGACAAGCGCGGGAGCUCUCCCGUAUCUCCCCUCCACGAGGUGCUGCCGCACCGUUACUCCGCCGCGGGGGGAUACGGCCGAGCACGCAGGGUGCCGUGGCAGAGGUCCCACAACAGUAACUUCCAGAGACGGACGGUGCUGACGCCGCACAGUGGUGAGAUGCGAAAGUGGAGAAAGGACGUUAAUUGUGACGCGGCGACUCUCGACUCCACCCAGCAGUGGAAGGCGGAUGCGGAUUUCACGACCGCUCCUGCCUGGUCCACGAAAGAGAACGGCAGUCGUUACUCGAUGAGGUUUCGGCCGAAAUACGGCAAGGAGAGCUAGCCGAGCGAGGACCCGAGUGGCUGUGAGGACUGGUUUGCUUGUGUAAUAUAAGUCACUGUAAAUAUCCGCAUUGUUUCAUCCCCCGUUCGUUUUUACGACGUAUGUAGCAGACAUACCGGCAUGUAGCAAUAUGUUUUAAAUUCGUACGCAUUUGUUCAGGAGUGGAUGAAUGCAAGCUGCAUUGAAAAGUACCACGUUGAAGUUUUUACAUUUUAGAUUGCCAAGAUCUGCGUGUACAGCAUUUUAACUUGUCUGCGCCCCCUCGUGGCAUUUAGUUGUACAUAGGGCUGGAAGUUUUGGGGACACCAUGGUUCUUUCCAAAUGUUUGUACUACGACUACGAAGCGAUGUGAGGAUAAACAUUGCACGUGGGACGACACCCUGAGAAAUUUUAUUGCUACCUGGUAUUCCCACAAUAUCUAUUUUAUCUUUAUUAUCCGUGGGGAUAGGACAUCGAUUAACCCAAACCAGUUCACAAUCAAAACUGAAUGCACGUGUGAUUCGAUAACUAAUAAUAUGUGGAUUUACAGCGCAAGGUAUCCAUGAUCAGUUCAUGAGCAAUUCAGUUGCUUUUAUUGACCUCACUGCAAAAUUCUUUAAAUAACUCAUACUUCUGUAUUACUGAAAAAAUCGAAUAAGAUUGUUGGUAACAUUUGCCCAACUCUGGUGAGGCAUGCACAAAUGUGCACACAAAUGGACGAGUGUGAUAUAUAAAUGAAUACGUUCAUUUAUUUUUAAUUUUCUUUUGUUAUCCACAUAAAUUGUACUUCGUCGACACUUGCGUGCAAAUGUGCGUUAUACUAUACAUUGAAGUUUUAGAACAGAAGUAAACGUGGCAAAUACAUAUGUUACAUUACACGUUCUGAACAUUUACAUGUUAGAAUACAAUAAUUUGUUUAGGCAUAACAAUACAGGAAUGUCGAGUACCAAUUACCUGGAAUUAUAUAAUUACGGAUGUCCAGAGUACCUAGCUACUUCUCAGCACUAACCUGGGAAUGUAGAGUUAUGAUUUUCAUCAGUACUGUGUCUGAUUAAAACCCCAAUUUCCACUUAUGACCCUUAAGAUUUAUGCAUUUUCUACUGCAGAAAGUCUAGCAUGAUUUUUGUCUAAGAAAUUUAGGAUGACAUGCUUCCCCCAAAACUUCUGGUUCUAGUUAUAUGUAUAUAUUGUACAGUGUUGCUUCUGCUUGUUAAAAGCAAAUAAAUAGUUGCAGUGCAUUUUAAAUUAA